GACAGAAACCAAAAUUACCAGUAUUUUUAUUUUAAAAAUUCUUUGUUGAUUUAGCCAAAUUAUACUUCCAUGGUAUAUGCCCAAAUAAACUAAUGAAAUACUGCUUGGUAGUGUAAACAAAUUAUUUUAAAAUGUUAACCUUAAGACUCUUAAGUAAAGGUUUAAAAAUACAAAUAAACAGAUACUUAGUUGCUAGUUCCUCAGGAUAUUUCUGUAUCUUAAAUUAUUAGGGGUUUUAUUAUUUCAUUGUCUUAAAGGUUUCUGUAAUGCAUAGGCUGAUAUUUGAUAGCUGUAUUUAUUGUGUUUGCAGUUAUCAAAUGUUUUUAGAGCAAGCAUUUUGAGGCACUGAGAAGUUACUUUAAAACACUUUUUGGCAUUUAUAGAAGUAGAUUCUUUUUGUAAAAACUCAUCAGAGAUAGUCUUUGCUAAAUUCAUAUUUGGAAUUGUUUAUAUUUCACUUGAUAGCUGUGUCUUCAGGGCACAUAUAUCUUAAUAUUAGAUUUAAUGUUGUGAUUUCUGAAGCAAAAACAGUCGCCCUACUUCACAAAUGUUUGAUUAGUAAGAUUCCUAAGAACCUUGAUUUUAUUCUAAAGCCUGGUUUAUAAUAAUCUUGAGCCAUUAGUUUGACAUAGCAUUGAAACAGUACUCUUGUUACAUACUAAAAAGCUUAGAUAUUGUAGCAGGGAGAGUCCUAGAUAUGAAAGGGGUUUUUUUUUUUCCUACUUAAAACCUACACGAUCUUUAAGUUUCUUAAUAUAAUUUGGGUAGAGAUUUUAAAUAAGACAGUUUUUCUUACAUGCCAGUAAGCAAAAAAUGUCUAGUAUAUAGCAUUGCCUUUCUGGUGCGAGCUUAACUUAUUCUAAUGUGAACUUAGGCCCUCCCCAAAGUCUAAAAUGAGGUAAAAUUUUUUAAAAAGCAUUUUUUAAAAACCCCAGUUGGCCCACAGAGCAUUUCCUAGAGUUCCAGCAUUGGACUUUUUCCAGUGGUCAAUCAUAUUCUUUUGUAGGGUUACACUUGUUAAGUCAAUAUUUUGAAAAAUAAAACACCCUGAUUUUGUUCACUUUUGUUUUCAUAUACAAGAAUCUUUACAGUCAACAUGUACUUCUAGAUGCUGUAUUGAAAUUGCUGGCAGAGUCUAUUCUAUACAAACUGAACAAUCUGGCCCCUUGUUUUAUUUGUAAAGGUUCAAUGUAUCUAUGCCUGCCUACUUCAAUCUGCAAGGGAGUGUCAGAAAGGCCCCGCAUUCGCCGAGCCGUGAGUUAUCACUAACUUUUCAGAUGUGUUAAUGAAUGUGGAACAAAAGCAGUUGUGUUUAAAAGGAAAAAAGGACCAUCAAAAUAACCUUUAUUAUAGUAGCAGGCGUGAACACUAAAUGAUUUAUUCCAAAUUGUGGUGUCAAAAAUAACCUACUUUAACUAGAGACUAGCCUCUAGAAAACCUAUUGUUGAACUGCUCUGAAGCUAUCAUUUUAGCUAUAAAUUAUUUUUCUUAAAUAUAAUAUACCCUGAUUACAAAUUAGAGUGUUAAGUCUUUUUAACGGAGUUAAAACAAUUUGAACAAAAUCUUACCCCACCUGAAAAUGACAUAUUUAGUUGACUGCAUUAAGCUCUUCAAAUAAGACCAUGUGAAAGGGGUAAAGGCUUAACCUUUUUGUUGCUCACAUGUAAAAAACAAAUUAAGUAAUUGGAUCACUUCCUAGAUGAGUUUUUGGAGUGCCCCAGGCAUCACAUGAAGUACAGAGGUUUUUAUAAUCUCUUUUGGUACCAACAGUUCUCGCUUCAGUAAUUCAUCAGUAGGUUUUCAUUCAUCAAUGAUGGUAUCAAUUUAAGGCUAAAAUAAAACACAUUUCUUAGGGUUGAUCAUUCUACAUAGAGGAAACAUCCUUAAGAGAUUUUCCCCCCCAAGGAGAUUCUAAGCAAAAAAAUUGUAACUAACAUCUAUAUUUUGUUAUUAGAGCUAGUUACCUUUAUUUUUCUUAGACUCUUUAAAAUUUGAGUUAGAUAGGCCUAUUUGAUUAGCAGGUUGGAUGCUUCUGUUGCUUAGGAGGUAUAUUGUGUUAUAUGAAGACAAUAAAUUUAAAUGUACCCAGUUUGGCCAUAUAUAGCACAGACCACCUAAAACGUGAAGGUAUGGUACCUUUGGAGGCAUUAAAGUUAACGUUUCAUUUAGGCAAUGUGCCUUUGUUUGACUGGUGUGUAAGUCCUUCUUCCAGGUUUGUACACUCUUAAACACGCUAUUCUACCCUCUCUAACUCAUCCCAGCAGCAAAUGGGAGACACUUCAGCUGGAACAAAAUAGUGGAAGAAAUGGCGUCUGGGGUUCAGUGGGGAUUCGCAGUGUGAGAUACUACUCGCCAACGAAUCAAAUUCAGUGAUGACCGAGUGUGCAAGAGUCACCUUCUCAACUGUUGCCCCCAUGAUGUCCUCUCUGGAACUAGAAUGGAUCUUGGAGAGUGUCUCAAAGUCCAUGACCUGGCUUUAAGAGCAGAUUAUGAAAUUGCAUCCAAAGAACAAGAUUUUUUCUUUGAACUUGAUGCUAUGGAUCAUCUGCAGUCAUUCAUUGCAGACUGUGAUCGAAGAACAGAAGUGGCCAAGAAAAGAUUAGCAGAAACUCAAGAAGAGAUUAGUGCUGAAGUGGCCGCAAAGGCAGAACGUGUUCAUGAAUUAAAUGAAGAAAUUGGUAAGUUGUUGGCCAAGGUGGAACAACUAGGAGCUGAGGGAAAUGUGGAAGAAUCCCAAAAAGUAAUGGAUGAAGUAGAGAAAGCACGGGCAAAGAAAAGAGAAGCAGAGGAAGUUUAUAGGAAUUCUAUGCCGGCUUCCAGUUUCCAACAACAGAAACUUCGAGUCUGUGAAGUCUGCUCUGCCUAUUUAGGUCUUCAUGAUAAUGAUAGACGACUGGCUGAUCAUUUUGGGGGUAAACUGCACCUGGGAUUUAUUGAAAUAAGAGAGAAACUUGAAGAAUUAAAGAGAGUUGUAGCUGAGAAACAGGAGAAAAGAAAUCAGGAACGCCUGAAACGAAGAGAAGAAAGAGAGAGAGAAGAAAGGGAGAAGCUGAGGAGGUCUCGAUCACAUAGCAAGAAUCCCAAAAGGUCCAGGUCCAGAGAGCAUCGCAGACACCGGUCUCGCUCCAUGUCACGGGAACGGAAGAGGAGAACUCGCUCCAAAUCUCGGGAGAAACGCCAUCGCCACAGAUCCCGCUCUAGCAGCCGAAGCCGCAGCCGUAGCCACCAGCGAAGUGGGCACAGUUCUAGAGACAGGAGCAGAGAGCGAUCCAGGAGGAGAUCCUCAAAAGAAAGAUUCAGAGACCAAGACUUAGCAUCACGUGACAGAGACAGGAAUUCAAGAGACAGAUCACCUCGUGACAGAGACCGAAAAGAUAAGAAGCGGUCCUAUGAGAGCGCUAAUGGCAGAUCAGAAGACAGGAGGAGCUCUGAAGAGCGCGAAGCAGGGGAGAUAUAAUUAGCUGUGUACAUAUCCUCAAUCCUUAAGCUUCCUAUGGAGUUACAUACUAUUGUUUAGUUUACAGCUAUUGGGGGUUACAGUGAGCAGUUCCAGACUCCAAUCCAAAUAGGCUAGAUGCACAGUAUCUAACUCGAUCUGAACUGAACUUGUUUUCCCUGAUGAAGCCUAAAACUACAUCCAUAGUUUCUGGUGAACCUGUAAUGCGAUUCUGAAAGUACAGUUUUAUAUAAUAAGAUGCUGAUAUCUUUAUUCUUUCUAGUAGGAGUGAUAGUGAACGAAUUGUGUUGCUUGCCUUGGGAAUUUUUGAACAUUUGUAAAAUGCUGUCUUCCUUUCUAGUCCACAAACAACAGCUUUCAGAAUUUUUCUUUUUAAUUCUUCUUCCUCUGACUUUUGUAUCCCCUAAUACCUCCACCCUCUAAUUAUAGGAGAAAGGGGGAGCAGGGAAGCAAUAUGACUUCUGUUCUAAGGUUCUGUUCCCAUUAUUAUGCGCUGAUUACAGAGCAUUUAUACUGGAAAGUGUGCUGGAGAAAUUUCAAUACCCGGAGUUUUUGUUUUGUUUUACAGUGCCUAUUUAGAGUUGGAAGUUGAACAGCCUGUUGCAUCACAUACUUUGCUUUUUUAUUGAAAUUUUGAAAUCCAACAUGUCUUGAUUUUUCUGUUCUAUUGAAUUGCUAUGUUCAGGAUGUUUUGAAAAGGGGGGUGGGGCAGGGACUCUUUCAUAAGCACUUGUUUUAUUUUGUGUGUGUGUGUGUGUGUGGAGUAUAAAGGCUACAACCUUAUUGUAAAAAAUAAUAAAAUGAAACAAUCACCACCACCAUCAUUAAACUGUAACUUGUCUAGUAAAUUGUCACUAGAACUAUUUGAUGUGGGCAUUUCUUCUGUUCUAUCAUCAUUAGUGCCUUACUGUGCAAGGCACCAAAGGAAAUAAACACAUACUUGCCAAGAUGAA